UUCGAUGCAUACAACUACCAGGUAAGAAACCACAAUAAGGUACCUCGGUUCAUGAACUCUUACCUUCGAUCCAACGCGGUCUAUGUAGGCGAACAACAGUCGGGAAAGUCACGUUUCCACAUCAAGGUAGAGUUGAAAAGCAUCGAUCUCAUGAACCUGGUAGUCACGGGAUUUCUCCAGAUUUCGGGACUCACUGAAGACCAUUCUGAAAUCAUUACGUGUUUCAAAGGUGAAAUCAUCAAUAACCCCAUGAAUACGUAUUUGUGGCAGGAUCGAGAGAAGAAGUCUCCCAACGACUACAAGGUGAGAAAUUUUUCGUUCAUCACAGAGAACAAGCAGUGGGGCUCUUUUAUCAAGAACGACUUCGAACACUGGAAAAAACUCACAGGAUCAUCUACUCUAAGUGACGAACAGUUCCAGCAGCGCUUGGAACGUAUUCUGCGGGGCGAAGAAGACCAACAGUACUUGUAUAUGCGGUGGAAGGAAGAGUUCUUGUUGCCAGAUUCUCGAAUCAAGCAGAUACUGGGAGCUUCCUUCGAAGGUUUCUAUUACAUUGUCAUGAAUAUCGGCUCGGAAGACCAUGUCAACUACUCGGCUCCAUAUGUGCAUUCCACCACUAUAAGUCCCGGCUCUAUCAGUGGCUUGUACUACCACAAAUCGUCAGAAAAGUUUCAGUCGUUGAGUCUUCGGUAUGUUGAGGAUCGGGGUGUAUCCAAUACUUUUCAGUUCUACUAA